AUGAGAUACACACUCGCGCUAUUGUUUGCCACUGCCACGCUCGCAGCUGCAAUUCCCCUCCCCAACCCCCACGUCACAACUCCACCCACCAUCUCCGUUUCGCGCCCCAGCACACGGCCCAUCAUCGCCUACCCGGCAGUCUCAAACUCGUCCGGGACCCGCUUCCUCGUCAAGAGGUACGAGGUACAAUUCUCAGUCGUGGCGGGCCCACUGAUCGCGUUCGGCAUCCUCUUUUUCAUAUUUCUCCUCCUACGUUUCCUCAGCAAUGUCACUCAAUGCGGAAUACGCCAUACUCGCGAGGCCGAGCGCCGAGAGCAAAGACUCCAACGCGUACACCCCCACUCUGGAGCGCUGCCCAUGGUCACCUCCCCUAGCGUCACUGCCGUUACCCGCACCGAGGACGGCGACCCCGAGUUGCCAGCCUACUCGCGCCAAGUGGAGCCUGGCGCACAAGCCAUCGACGUGUCGCUCGUCGAGAGGGAUAUCGCGGAUGUCGCACCGCCAAAGUACACCUCGACGGCUCUUCCGUGA